CGUUACCUCAUUUAAUGAGUUGAAUUAAUCACAUCCUCGCUGCUUGGACGCAAAGCCUCUAAAUAAUCGCCCACAAGAGCUUUCGUUGGGAUAAACAAUUGCAGUGAGCGUAGCAGAAAGCGCAUGGACCACGGAGACUAGCGCACCGCACCAUCUCAUUAUCUUCCCAGUAAAUGCCUAGUAAAUAACGGAAGGGUGCCAUCGCUUUAUAAAGUGAGCCUGUGUUAUAUCCGAGCCAAGAUGAGCGUGAUAGUAAUCUGUUUGGUUACGAAGUGAUACGUCGGUGUGAAAGACACAUUUUGUGUGCGUUAAUUAAGCGGGUAAGCGUCUUCUCUUGCACCGUGGAUACCAUCUAAUCCUUCAAGACGGAAGGCGCGGCGGAGCGAAGAGGGAGAAGGUCGAAAAUGAGGGACAGGGACUUCAUGCCCAACAUGGAACGGGGGAAACCCGCCACAUACACGGGGGACAAAAAGGCGAAAAUGGCUGCGAAGACUAACAAAAAGUGGGUGAGACUGGCCACUGUUUUCGCAUACGUAUUGUCCGUUUCUCUGGCGGCUAUAAUAUUGGCCAUAUACUACAGCCUAAUAUGGAAACCGACGUCUGCCGCCUCCUCGUCAUUUGCGAGCCCCAAUGCUGUGACCGUUGUCGCGGCGAAUACUACUACGAACAUAACCACCAGUAGUGUGCCAAAUAAUACAAUGCACACAGGUACGCAGACGGACGCUAGUAUACGCGACGAAACGAGGUCCAAGGCAUCACCAGUUACCAUCAAAACAGAGACGUCCGGGACUGAGGCAUUUCAGUGGGCGGAUCGCAGUAGUAAAAGUCCCACGGUCUCCGCAGACGACAAUACGCCCAAAACAGUGAAUGUUGGACCAACGAAAAUACACUUGGUCUCUGCGCAAAGCUACCCAGCCACAAACAACAAAUUGGCAACUCCAACAGAAGUCAGACACAGGUCUCCAAGUGUCACUGGAGAGGACUCGGUGAACUUGCCUACGCACGCAACCAUGGACCAAGAGGAUAAGUGGUGGACGUUUAGCUUGGUCUCUCCUGCUGUUGGGGUACAACAUGAACCUGUGGAAGGAUCUGGGUUGGAUUAUAUUCAAGAGAGCCAAACUACGGAUUCUUCUCGGAUGAACGGAGUGACGCUGGCGGAAGCCGCGGUGGCUCCAAAAGCAGAUCAUCCGACUUUGCGCACCGACUCUCCCUCUGACCAGGCCCGGGGUACGCGGGGACCGGUUCCCUUUACCGAUGCACAACGUGAUUCGGAUUUAACAACGGAUCGGUUUUCUAAAGUACCAGAGCACAGACGGGAGGAGAUAGUUACCAUGGAAAACGGAGAUGCCCCAGCGAGAACUACACAAUCCUAAACGCACAUGCUUUUUUUGGGCACCAUUCAAACUGCUUAAUAGGGCCUAUUCUUAUAAUGCAUUAACGCUUUUUGAAAAUUAGCAUUAUAGCCUAACAUUCCAAUAUUUAAGUUAUGCCUUCAUUUGGUACCCUUAUUUGGGUUGUUGGCAUCACAACAUUCCUAUCGAAGCAUCUUCUAUGUUACCCCAUAAUGUUGAGGAAAUGAAGGAAAUAAUUGAACGCGUCUGGAUUGAGCUAUAGGCCUAUGUUUAAAUGUGUUGUUUACAUAGGACCUUAUUCUCAAGGAUAACGGAGCCAUGAUACACAAACAGCCUACUUAACGGGAAAGGCAUUUCUAUGCUAUAUCUUUAAAGGCUCUGUCCCAAGGUAAGAUGAUAUCAGGAAUGGAUUGGCAGAGAAAAAUAUGUAGUCCCUCUCAGGUAGCCUAUGUCCAUAAACUUACACAUUUAGCCGCAACAUACACUGUGUUUUGGUCUUUUCAGUAGGAGUAACAUUGUAACACAUUGUAACAUCGACCUUUGUUAAAGUUAUAGCCAAAUGUAGCCUCCUUUUUACAAUAUCCAUGUGCAAUACAUAGCCUGUAUGAACACACAAAUAAAGCCUUUUGA